GGCCCGCACUUCCCGAGCACCGCUCCGCCCCCGGAGGGAAAGAGAGCCACAGCGAGACCGCGGCCGAGGAGCAGGAGGCCCGCCGAACCCGCCAGCCAGGGCGCGAGAGAAGUUGAGCGCCGCGCAGCGCAGCGCCCCGCCGACGCGCCCCGACAGCGCCCCGACCGCGCCAGCAUGAUGAACAACAGCGGCUACUCCGACGUCGCCGGCCUCGGCCUGGGCGACGAGGCGGACGAGAUGCCGUCCACCGAGAAGGACCUGGCCGAGGACGCGCCGUGGAAGAAGAUCCAGCAGAACACGUUCACGCGCUGGUGCAACGAGCACCUCAAGUGCGUGGGCAAGCGCCUGACCGACCUGCAGCGCGACCUCAGCGACGGACUGCGCCUCAUCGCGCUGCUCGAGGUGCUCAGCCAGAAGCGCAUGUACCGCAAGUUCCACCCGCGCCCCAACUUCCGCCAGAUGAAGCUGGAGAACGUGUCCGUGGCCCUCGAGUUCCUGGAGCGCGAGCACAUCAAGCUCGUGUCCAUCGAUAGCAAAGCCAUCGUGGAUGGGAACCUGAAGCUGAUCCUGGGCCUGAUCUGGACGCUGAUCCUGCACUACUCCAUCUCCAUGCCCAUGUGGGAGGAUGAGGACGACGAAGAUGCCCGUAAACAGACGCCCAAGCAGCGGCUGCUCGGCUGGAUCCAGAACAAGGUGCCCCAGCUGCCCAUCACCAACUUCAACCGCGACUGGCAGGAUGGCAAAGCUCUGGGUGCCCUGGUGGACAAUUGCGCCCCCGGCCUCUGCCCCGACUGGGAGGCCUGGGACCCAAACCAGCCUGUGGAGAAUGCCCGAGAGGCCAUGCAGCAGGCAGACGACUGGCUCGGGGUGCCACAGGUGAUUGCCCCUGAGGAGAUCGUGGACCCCAAUGUGGAUGAGCAUUCUGUCAUGACCUACCUGUCCCAGUUCCCCAAGGCCAAGCUCAAACCUGGUGCCCCUGUUCGCUCCAAGCAGCUAUACCCCAAGAAGGCCAUCGCCUAUGGGCCUGGCAUCGAGCCGCAGGGCAACACCGUGCUGCAGCCUGCGCACUUCACUGUGCAGACCGUGGAUGCUGGCGUGGGCGAGGUGCUGGUCUACAUCGAGGACCCUGAGGGCCACACUGAGGAGGCCAAGGUGGUUCCCAACAAUGACAAGGACCGCACCUAUGCUGUCUCCUAUGUGCCCAAGGUUGCCGGGUUGCACAAGGUGACCGUGCUCUUUGCUGGCCAGAACAUAGAACGCAGCCCCUUUGAAGUGAAUGUGGGCAUGGCCCUGGGGGAUGCCAACAAGGUGUCAGCCCGUGGCCCUGGCCUGGAACCUGUGGGCAAUGUCGCCAACAAACCUACCUACUUUGACAUCUACACUGCAGGGGCUGGCACUGGUGAUGUGGCUGUGGUGAUUGUGGACCCGCAGGGCCGGCGGGACACAGUGGAGGUUGCCCUGGAGGACAAGGGCGACAGCACGUUCCGCUGCACAUACAGGCCUGUGAUGGAGGGACCUCACACGGUGCAUGUGGCCUUUGCUGGUUCCCCCAUCACCCGCAGUCCCUUCCCCGUCCAUGUGGCAGAAGCCUGUAACCCCAAUGCCUGUCGCGCCUCUGGGAGAGGCCUGCAGCCCAAGGGUGUGCGUGUGAAAGAGGUGGCUGACUUCAAGGUGUUCACCAAGGGCGCUGGUAGUGGGGAACUCAAGGUCACAGUCAAAGGGCCAAAGGGCACGGAGGAGCCAGUGAAGGUACGCGAGGCUGGCGACGGUGUGUUUGAGUGCGAAUACUACCCUGUGGUGCCUGGGAAGUAUGUGGUGACCAUCACAUGGGGCAGCUAUGCCAUCCCCCGCAGCCCCUUCGAGGUACAGGUGAGCCCAGAGGCAGGAGUACAGAAGGUACGGGCCUGGGGUCCUGGUUUGGAAACUGGCCAGGUCGGCAAGUCAGCCGACUUUGUGGUGGAGGCCAUUGGCACGGAGGUGGGGACACUGGGCUUCUCCAUUGAGGGGCCCUCGCAGGCCAAGAUCGAGUGUGACGACAAGGGGGACGGCUCCUGCGAUGUGCGGUACUGGCCCACGGAGCCUGGGGAGUACGCUGUGCACGUCAUCUGUGACGAUGAGGACAUCCGUGACUCGCCUUUCAUUGCCCACAUCCAUCCAGCCCCACCCGACUGCUUCCCGGACAAGGUGAAGGCCUUCGGGCCUGGCCUGGAGCCCACUGGCUGCAUUGUGGACAAGCUUGCCGAGUUCACCAUUGACGCCCGUGCAGCUGGCAAGGGUGACCUGAAGCUCUAUGCCCAGGACGCGGACGGCUGCCCCAUUGACAUCAAGGUGAUCCCCAAUGGUGAUGGUACCUUCCGCUGCUCCUACGUGCCCACCAAGCCCAUUAAGCACACCAUCAUCAUCUCCUGGGGAGGCGUCAACGUGCCCAAGAGUCCUUUCCGGGUGAGCGUGGGAGAGGGCAGUCACCCUGAGCGGGUAAAAGUGUAUGGCCCCGGCGUGGAGAAGACAGGUCUCAAGGCCAACGAGCCCACCUAUUUCACGGUGGACUGCAGCGAGGCGGGGCAAGGCGAUGUGAGCAUUGGCAUCAAGUGCGCCCCUGGCGUGGUGGGCCCUGCAGAGGCUGACAUCGACUUCGACAUCAUCAAGAAUGACAAUGACACCUUCACAGUCAAGUACACGCCCCCAGGGGCUGGCCGCUACACCAUCAUGGUGCUGUUUGCCAACCAGGAGAUCCCUGCCAGCCCCUUCCACAUCAAGGUGGAUCCGUCCCACGAUGCCAGCAAGGUCAAGGCUGAGGGGCCUGGGCUGAACCGCACUGGUGUGGAAGUUGGGAAGCCCACUCACUUCACCGUGCUGACCAAGGGAGCUGGCAAGGCCAAGCUGGAUGUGCAGUUUGCUGGGGCAGCCAAGGGUGAGGCUGUGCGGGACUUUGAAAUUAUAGACAACCAUGACUACUCCUACACCGUCAAGUACACAGCUGUCCAGCAGGGCAACAUGGCCGUGACAGUGACGUAUGGCGGGGAUCCUGUCCCCAAGAGCCCCUUUGUGGUGAAUGUGGCACCCCCCUUGGACCUCAGCAAAGUCAAAGUUCAAGGCCUCAACAGCAAGGUGGCUGUGGGGCAGGAACAAGCAUUCUCCGUGAACACACGCGGGGCCGGCGGUCAGGGCCAGCUGGACGUGCGGAUGACCUCACCCUCCCGACGACCCAUCCCCUGCAAGCUGGAGCCCGGGGGUGGAGCUGAAGCCCAGGCUGUGCGCUACAUGCCCCCUGAGGAGGGGCCUUACAAGGUGGAAAUCACCUACGACGGUCACCCAGUGCCUGGCAGCCCCUUUGCCGUGGAAGGUGUCCUGCCCCCUGACCCUUCCAAGGUCUGUGCUUAUGGCCCUGGUCUCAAGGGCGGACUGGUAGGCACCCCCGCACCCUUCUCAAUCGACACCAAGGGGGCUGGCACAGGUGGCCUGGGGCUGACAGUGGAGGGCCCCUGCGAGGCCAAGAUCGAGUGCCAAGACAAUGGGGACGGUUCGUGUGCUGUCAGCUACCUGCCCACGGAGCCAGGCGAGUACACCAUUAACAUCCUGUUUGCUGAAGCCCACAUCCCUGGCUCACCCUUCAAGGCCACCAUCCGGCCCGUGUUCGACCCGAGCAAGGUGCGGGCCAGUGGGCCGGGCCUGGAACGUGGCAAGGCUGGUGAGGCAGCCACCUUCACUGUGGACUGCUCGGAGGCGGGCGAGGCCGAGCUGACCAUCGAGAUCCUGUCUGACGCUGGCGUCAAGGCCGAGGUGCUGAUCCACAACAAUGCCGAUGGCACCUACCACAUCACCUACAGCCCUGCCUUCCCCGGCACCUACACCAUCACCAUCAAGUAUGGCGGGCACCCCGUACCCAAAUUCCCUACCCGUGUCCACGUGCAGCCUGCUGUCGACACAAGUGGCAUCAAGGUCUCGGGGCCCGGUGUGGAGCCACACGGUGUCCUGCGGGAGGUGACCACUGAGUUCACUGUGGACGCAAGAUCCCUAACAGCCACAGGUGGCAACCAUGUGACGGCUCGUGUGCUCAACCCCUCGGGCGCUAAGACGGACACCUACGUGACAGACAACGGGGAUGGCACCUACCGAGUGCAGUACACGGCCUAUGAAGAGGGCGUGCAUUUGGUGGAGGUGCUGUAUGAUGAGGUAGCUGUGCCCAAGAGCCCCUUCCGAGUGGGCGUGACCGAGGGCUGUGACCCUACCCGCGUCCGGGCCUUUGGACCAGGCCUGGAGAGUGGCUUGGUCAACAAGGCCAACCGCUUCACUGUGGAAACCAGGGGAGCUGGCACCGGGGGCCUAGGCCUAGCCAUCGAGGGCCCCUCAGAAGCCAAGAUGUCCUGCAAGGACAACAAGGAUGGUAGCUGCACUGUGGAGUACAUCCCCUUCACCCCCGGAGACUACGAUGUCAACAUCACCUUUGGGGGGCGGCCCAUCCCAGGGAGCCCAUUCCGGGUGCCGGUGAAGGAUGUGGUGGACCCUGGGAAGGUGAAGUGUUCGGGGCCAGGGCUGGGAGCUGGUGUCAGGGCCCGGGUACCCCAGACCUUCACGGUGGACUGCAGUCAAGCAGGCCGGGCCCCCCUGCAGGUGGCCGUGCUGGGCCCCACAGGUGUGGCUGAACCUGUGGAGGUGCGUGACAAGGGGGAUGGCACCCAUACUGUCCACUAUACCCCAGCCACUGAUGGGCCCUACACAGUAGCUGUCAAGUAUGCCGACCAGGAGGUGCCACGCAGCCCCUUCAAGAUCAAGGUGCUUCCAGCCCAUGAUGCCAGCAAGGUGCGGGCCAGCGGCCCUGGCCUCAAUGCCUCCGGCAUUCCUGCCAGCCUGCCCGUGGAGUUCACCAUCGAUGCUCGGGAUGCUGGGGAGGGUCUGCUCACUGUCCAGAUCCUGGACCCUGAGGGUAAGCCCAAGAAGGCCAAUAUCCGAGACAACGGGGACGGCACGUACACUGUGUCCUACCUGCCGGACAUGAGUGGCCGGUACACCAUCACCAUCAAGUACGGUGGCGACGAGAUCCCCUACUCACCCUUCCGCAUCCAUGCUGUGCCCACUGGGGACGCCAGCAAGUGCCUUGUCACAGUGUCCAUUGGCGGCCACGGCCUGGGUGCAUGCCUGGGCCCCCGUAUCCAGAUUGGAGAGGAGACCGUGAUCACAGUGGACGCCAAGGCAGCUGGCAAGGGGAAGGUGACAUGCACGGUGUCCACACCGGACGGGGCAGAGCUCGACGUGGACGUGGUUGAGAACCAUGACGGUACCUUUGACAUCUACUACACGGCGCCCGAGCCGGGCAAGUACGUCAUCACCAUCCGCUUUGGGGGCGAGCACAUCCCCAACAGCCCCUUCCACGUGCUGGCCACAGAGGAGCCAGUGGUGCCCGUGGAGUCAAUGGAGUCCAUGCUGAGGCCCUUCAACCUGGUCAUCCCCUUCACCAUGCAGAAAGGGGAGCUCACAGGGGAGGUGCGGAUGCCCUCUGGGAAGACUGCGCGACCCAACAUCACCGACAAUAAGGACGGCACCAUCACAGUGAGGUACGCGCCCACCGAGAAAGGCCUGCACCACAUGGGGAUCAAGUAUGACGGCAACCACAUCCCUGGGAGCCCCCUGCAGUUCUAUGUGGACGCCAUCAACAGCCGCCAUGUCAGUGCCUACGGUCCAGGCCUGAGCCACGGCAUGGUCAAUAAGCCGGCCACCUUCACCAUUGUCACCAAGGAUGCUGGGGAAGGGGGUCUGUCGCUGGCUGUGGAAGGCCCGUCCAAGGCAGAGAUCACCUGCAAGGACAACAAGGAUGGCACCUGUACUGUGUCCUACCUGCCCACAGCACCUGGAGACUACAGCAUCAUAGUGCGCUUUGAUGACAAGCACAUCCCGGGGAGCCCCUUCACAGCCAAGAUCACAGGUGAUGACUCCAUGAGGACGUCACAGCUGAAUGUGGGCACCUCCACGGACGUGUCGCUGAAGAUCACUGAGAGUGAUCUGAGUCAGCUGACCGCCAGCAUUCGUGCACCCUCGGGCAACGAGGAGCCCUGCCUGCUGAAGCGCCUGCCCAACCGGCACAUCGGGAUCUCCUUCACCCCCAAGGAGGUUGGGGAGCACGUGGUGAGUGUCCGCAAGAGUGGCAAGCACGUCACCAACAGCCCCUUCAAGAUUCUGGUGGGGCCGUCUGAGAUCGGGGAUGCCAGCAAGGUGCGGGUCUGGGGCAAGGGCCUUUCCGAGGGACACACCUUCCAGGUGGCAGAGUUCAUCGUGGACACUCGUAAUGCAGGCUAUGGGGGCCUGGGGCUGAGUAUUGAAGGCCCUAGCAAAGUGGACAUCAACUGCGAGGACAUGGAGGAUGGCACGUGCAAAGUCACCUACUGCCCCACUGAGCCUGGCACCUACAUCAUCAACAUCAAGUUUGCCGACAAGCACGUACCAGGCAGCCCCUUCACUGUGAAGGUUACCGGCGAGGGCCGCAUGAAGGAAAGCAUCACCCGGCGUAGACAGGCACCUUCCAUCGCCACCAUCGGCAGCACCUGCGACCUCAACCUCAAGAUCCCAGGGAACUGGUUUCAGAUGGUGUCUGCCCAGGAGCGCCUGACACGCACCUUCACGCGCAGCAGCCACACGUACACCCGCACAGAGCGCACAGAGAUCAGCAAGACGCGGGGCGGGGAGACCAAGCGCGAGGUGCGGGUGGAGGAGUCCACCCAGGUUGGCGGAGACCCCUUCCCCGCUGUCUUCGGGGACUUCCUGGGCCGGGAACGCCUAGGCUCCUUCGGUAGCAUCACCCGGCAACAAGAGGCAGGUGAGGCCAGCUCCCAGGACAUGACUGCACAGGUGACCAGCCCGUCGGGCAAGACAGAAGCCGCAGAGAUUGUCGAGGGAGAGGACAGCGCAUAUAGUGUGCGCUUUGUACCCCAGGAGAUGGGCCCCCACACAGUCACUGUCAAGUAUCGUGGUCAGCAUGUGCCCGGCAGCCCCUUUCAGUUCACUGUAGGGCCGCUGGGUGAAGGUGGUGCCCACAAGGUGCGGGCCGGAGGCACAGGGCUGGAGCGAGGUGUGGCCGGCGUGCCAGCUGAGUUCAGCAUCUGGACCCGAGAAGCAGGUGCUGGGGGCCUGUCCAUUGCUGUGGAGGGUCCCAGCAAGGCGGAGAUUGCAUUUGAAGACCGCAAAGAUGGCUCCUGUGGCGUCUCCUACAUUGUCCAGGAGCCAGGUGACUAUGAGGUCUCCAUCAAGUUCAAUGAUGAGCACAUCCCAGACAGCCCCUUUGUGGUGCCCGUGGCCUCCCUCUCAGAUGACGCUCGUCGUCUUACGGUCACCAGCCUCCAGGAGACGGGGCUCAAGGUGAACCAGCCAGCAUCAUUUGCGGUGCAGCUGAACGGCGCGCGGGGCGUGAUUGACGCCAGGGUACACACACCCUCAGGUGCAGUGGAGGAGUGCUACGUAUCUGAGCUGGACAGUGACAAGCACACCAUCCGCUUCAUCCCCCAUGAGAAUGGCGUCCACUCCAUCGAUGUCAAGUUCAAUGGUGCCCACAUCCCUGGAAGUCCCUUCAAGAUCCGCGUUGGGGAGCAGAGCCAGGCUGGAGACCCAGGCUUGGUGUCAGCCUAUGGUCCUGGGCUGGAGGGAGGCACUACUGGCGUGUCAUCAGAAUUCAUCGUGAACACCCUGAACGCGGGCUCAGGGGCCUUGUCCGUUACCAUUGAUGGCCCCUCCAAGGUGCAGCUAGACUGUCGGGAGUGUCCUGAGGGCCAUGUGGUCACUUACACUCCCAUGGCCCCUGGCAACUACCUCAUUGCCAUCAAGUAUGGAGGCCCACAGCACAUCGUGGGCAGCCCAUUCAAAGCUAAGGUCACAGGUCCCCGGCUAUCUGGAGGCCACAGCCUUCAUGAAACAUCCACGGUUCUAGUGGAGACUGUGACCAAGUCUUCCUCAAGCCGGGGCUCCAGCUACAGUUCCAUCCCCAAGUUCUCCUCGGAUGCCAGCAAGGUGGUGACACGGGGCCCUGGGCUGUCCCAGGCCUUUGUGGGCCAGAAGAACUCUUUCACCGUGGAUUGCAGCAAAGCAGGCACCAACAUGAUGAUGGUGGGCGUGCAUGGGCCCAAGACCCCCUGCGAGGAGGUGUACGUGAAACACAUGGGGAACCGGGUAUACAAUGUCACCUACACUGUCAAAGAGAAAGGGGACUACAUCCUGAUCGUGAAGUGGGGUGACGAAAGUGUCCCUGGAAGCCCCUUCAAAGUCAAUGUGCCCUGAAUCCUACAAGUGCCUCCCCCAGCCUCAGCCCCCACCUCCAGCCAAACCACACUCACUCUCUCACACACACACACACACACACACACGUGCCACACGCAGAUCACAUGCGCAGAAUCAGGCACUACAAGCACCUGCCCUGGGUGUGAAGUGAAUGCACAGCCUCGCACCCCACUGUGCCCUGGGGGUUGGAGGGCCUCGUCUGUCUCAGGACAGUGUCCCUCCCUCAAACAUGACACGAGGGCAGAGGCUGUGACCUGAGAGGCUGGACAGGGAUUGGGGGCCAGUGAAGCCCUGAGUUUCCUGGCACAGCUGAGGCUAGUGUUGGGGGGUCUGUGUGUGUGAGAUGUCACCCUCAAGCCGCACUCCCAGCCAGGCCUCCCUGCCCCUGAGGACUGCGUCUGGCCCCUCUGGUGGCCACUACCCCAGCGUGUUAAGGACUUGGAAAAGAAAGCACAAUCAGAGAAGAAAACAGACCCUGAAGCAAGCCACUCGUGGACUGGCCCUGAGCAUUGCCUACUUCACUCCAGCCAGGCUUCCUGGGGGACUGAUUUCUCUCUCUUUUUUUUUUAUGGUUGCACAGCUCUGCCCCGUGGGGGGCCUUUUUUACACACUGCGAGGCCCAGCUUUCUGGGGGACUUUUGCACAUGUAAUGUGGCUCAGCUGGGAGCUGCUUAGGUGGAAAAUUCCAAAUAAAGUGAGGCCUGUCGCAGAGGC